ACGCGCUGCCGCCGGUCGCGGCCCACUCCGCCCAACCACGACGCGUGUAUAAAAUGCUGUGCAUCCACACUGUUCUUGUGAAUUUCGUGAUAAACUUCAGUGCCAUGUGAACUUUGUGUGAGCGAUGUGACGUGUUUGGUGACUUCUGACUGCGGAUUUCGUGUUAUUGUUAUCGAGGAUGCAGUAGCAGUAGCUGCGGCCGAUGGCGCCCGCGCUGCUGCUCGCGCUGCUCGCCGCUCUGCUGGCGCCCGCCGGCACCCUGCAGCGCAGCGGCCGCGAGGCGGGUGAAUCGACGACGAGCUUCGGCGUGGGCAGCUUCCACGUGCCGGCGCCGUUGAGUGAGGCGGAGGCGGCGGCGGAGGCGGAGGCGGCGGCCGAGGCGGCGGGCGUGCCCGCGUGGCGCGAGCUGUGGUACGCGUCACUGGAGGCACUGCACCGCGAGCCCGUGCUCAACAACACGCAGGAGGACGUACUGGCGCAGCUCGGCGGGCUGGCCUUCCUGCACUGCCCCGUGCGCAACCUCGGCGAGCGCGGGAUAUCAUGGGUGAGACGACGGGACUGGCACAUAAUCAGCUCCGGGGUCUUUAUGUACACCAACGACGAAAGAUUUCAGGUACUGCACAGCGAGGGGUCGGACGACUGGAUCCUGCAGAUCAAGUACGUGCAGAAACGAGACAACGGCACGUAUGAAUGUCAGGUGUCGUCGGGCGGCGGCACGCUGUCGCGCCUGGUGCACCUACACGUGGUGGUGCCCGAGGCGUUCAUCCUCGGCGCCGACGAGUACCACGUGGACGCCGGCUCCACCAUCAACCUCGUCUGCAUUAUCGAGAAGAGUCCGGUGCCGCCACAGUACGUGUUCUGGUACCACAACGCGCGCAUGAUCAACUACGACGCGGCGCGCGGCGUGGCUGUGCACACAGCGCCGGGCGCGCGCACGCAGUCCGCGCUCACCAUCCGCGCCGCGCGCCCCGCGCACUCGGGCAACUACUCGUGCCGCGCCGCCAACACGGAGCCGGCGCACAUCUACGUGUACGUGUCGGAGGGCAGCGACAAGAUGGCGGCCACACUCAGCCGGAGCGCCAGCGUGGCGUGCCGCCGCAGCACCGCGCUCACGCUCGCCACAGCCGCGUUGCUGCUGCUGCGCGCCUCCUCCGCGUGACCUCCCCUUAUUUCCGCUGUAAAUAGCUACCGUCGCCAUUCAUCCUCUUCUGAAACGAAUAUACUCCUGAUGUGAUGUGUGACUAGUGUUACUUUAUCAUUUCGAAAUAUGGACAGAGUGAUCAGCGAGAAGACAAUUAAUGUAAUCUCCAGUUAGUUUUUCGUAUUGGCUAUCGAAACGCUGAAGGGUUAUCAGAGCUGCAGUGCUGCAGAGUCGAGACAUGUUUUUAAAAUAUGUUUAAUGAUUGACGUUGAUACUAUGUACCUAUGUAGGUCCAAUGAUUAACCUCAAAAAUUUGACACGACAUGAAAAUUUUAAUGUACAUAUAUUGUAUACCCUAUACAAAAUAUGAAAAAUCUUAGAGCCGACGACGAAAAAAACUAUUAUUUUAAUUUGAUAUUGUUUGAAAUUUACACUAGGUGUAUAAAAUGUUAAAUGGAAAACAACCAAGUUACGUUAAAUUUUAACACAGUGAUAUUCUAUGACGAAUUUGUGAACUUCACUGAGAUUAUUAUAAAUUUUGCUCAAUGUAAGUCGUUUAGGAGUAAACUGUACGCGGGGUGGACUGCGCGGCGCCUGCUCUGAGACGCGCUCAGAGUUGUCCUGCGCACGCACGCACGCAUGACGCAGUACGGAGCGCCGCGCGCGCCGACACACGUCUACUAUUCGUUUGUUACUUAUUGUGUUAUCUUAGCAUUGCUAAGAAUUACUAGAUUAUUUAAUAAUAUUAUAAGAGUAAAUUAAUUCCUAGUUUAAGAUAAUAUUAUUUACAAAGUUGGAAAAAUCCCAACAAACUGUACGAGUACAUUGUAACAGUUCGAACCCUUUUUGGUUUCUUUAAACCGAUGACACAUCUGUAAAGUACAUGUAAAUAAAAUUAUAGAUAAAUGUGGUUUAUUAUUAUAUAACUUUCCUAAGGUUUCAGGAAUUUUAACCGUUUUCUUAAGCUCGAUAUUGUAAUAUAAUAAAAUAAAUAAUUCCGUUUCG